AUGUGUGGUAUACUUGCAGUUCAUGGCAUAGAAAACCCAGGAGCCGAGCGAUCUCGGUUUUUGGCUCUCUCAAAACGUCUUCGUCAUCGCGGACCUGACUGGUCCGGGUGUUUUGUCGGAAAGGAAGGUAUACUCCUUCACGAACGCCUUGCCAUUGUGGGCGUUGACACGGGCGCGCAACCCCUCGUCAGCGAGGACGGUCAGGUCAUACUCGCUGUCAAUGGUGAAAUCUACAACCAUCUCGCACUUCGUGCGGCCCUCGGUUCAACCGCCAAGUUUAUGACACACUCUGAUUGCGAGGUUAUUAUUCCUCUGUACAAAAAACAUGACAAGGAUCUUUGCAACAUGCUCGAUGGCAUGUUUUCAUUUGUACUUCUGGACGAGUCUGUGACUCCUACCAGAAUAAUUGCCUCCCGCGACCCCAUUGGAAUCACAACAUUGUACCAAGGGUGGAGCUCGAAGCACCCUGGUGCAACAUAUUUUUCAUCAGAGUUGAAAGCUCUCGUCGACGAAUGUGACACGAUUAUUUCCUUCCCCCCUGGUCAUGUCUACGACAGCCGUGACCAGUCCACGACGCGUUAUUUCCAGCCAACCUGGUGGGAUGGAGAUGCGGAAACCGCUGUGCUUCCGACCACACCUGCAGAUUAUACCCUCCUCCGGGAGACCCUGGAAGCUGCAGUGCGCAAGCGGCUUAUGUCCGAAGUGCCUUAUGGCGUUCUCCUUAGUGGUGGACUGGAUAGCAGCUUGAUUGCUGCCAUAGCUGCAAGGGAGACAGAAAAAGUUGUUCGAGCUCAGUACGAGGCUCGGCAGCGCAAGCUUGCUGAAUCCAUCAGCGGCCCUCCAACACCAAGGUUAGAUGAUCUGGCGCAGCAGGCUAUGCUGACUUCUUGGCCACAAUUGCAUUCAUUCUCCAUCGGACUGGAGAACUCGCCCGAUCUGCUUGCUGCCAGGAAAGCAGCCCAUUUCCUAGGCACCGUGCACCACGAAUAUGUUUUCACAGUCCAGGAAGGCCUGGACGCCAUCCCAGACGUCAUUUAUCACCUUGAGACCUACGACGUGACAACCGUUCGUGCAAGCACACCAAUGUACCUCCUCAGCCGGAAAAUCAAGGCGAUGGGUGUCAAGAUGGUCCUCAGCGGAGAGGGUAGCGAUGAAAUUCUUGGCGGCUAUCUGUAUUUCCAUGCUGCCCCUGACAGUAACUCUUUCCAUCAGGAAUGUGUUCGACGCGUCAAGAAUCUUCACACCGCCGAUUGCCUGCGCGCCAACAAAUCGACAAUGGCGUGGGGCCUGGAAGCCCGCGUACCCUUCCUCGAUAAGGCCUUUUUAGAAGUCGCCAUGAACAUCGACGCGAAGGAAAAGAUGUUUACUAAGGGUUUAAACCAAGCGGUCGACGAAGAUGGACGUCCAAAGAUGGAGAAGUAUAUCCUUCGGAAAGCAUUUGACUGUGCGCCGGAGGGGACGGCAUAUCUCCCGCGGUCUAUUCUAUGGCGCCAAAAGGAGCAAUUCUCAGACGGCGUUGGAUAUUCUUGGAUAGAUGGCAUCAAGGACCACGCUGCGGCGUUCGUUUCUGAUAAAGAUUUUGCGAAGCGUGCAGAACGCUGGGCAGUCGAUACCCCAGAUACCAAAGAAGCCUAUUAUAUUCGAGAACUAUUUGAUGGCCUUUUCCCUUCUGAGGCCGCAGCGAAGACUGCAGUGCGCUGGAUACCACGAGGCGACUGGGGAUGCUCCUCGGACCCAAGUGGCCGUAGCGUCAGCAUUCACAACGCGGCAUAUGAAACAGACUAA